ACGAUUACAUGCACGUAUGAUUUAAAAGGAACUUCCGACUGUUGAUAUAUUUUCCUUGAGCUAUAACAAUGUCUUGUUUCUAUGAUCUCCAUCUGAAAGUAGAAGCGUUUUUUGGUGGUGCUUUUGAGAAAUAUGGUAAAUUUGUGGCGAGACAUCCCUGGAAGGCCAUUAUAUUUGUUGUUAUAGUAGACAUAGGAUUUGGCAUCGGUCUCAUCAACUUGACUCAAGAUACAAGUCUAGAACAGUAUGCUCCGACAGACAGUACUUCAAUGAAACAACGGGAGCUUGUUAAAAGUAUGUUUACGGUGGACACGUCUACAAAUUACUACGCACAAAGUCUAGUGAACCUCGGUAGUUCUGCAGUAGUCAUAAUUCAGAAGAAAAAUGGCGGCAACAUGAUUGAUUCUGCAAUAUGGAGCGACCUAACCACCUUGAGGGAUUAUGUUAUUGAUACAACAAUAUCCUCGUCUGGUACAUCAUACAAUUUCACUCACCUCUGUGCAAAACGAUUUUCAUCAUGCGUAAUAGACGGAAAUUAUAUUCUUGAUUCCGACUUUACCACUGCCCUUGCUGGCGGAACUGUUUCUUACCCACAAUUUACGACUUCCGGUGAGACUUUUACCAUAGACAACACAUUUGCCGAAACCGGAUCGUCAGGGGGAUAUCUGACAUCAGCAACAGCUGUUAAAUUAAAAUUUAACCUUGCCAAUACCAACUCAAAACUCGCUGAUGCUUGGGAGGAUGCUUUUUUGGACCGAAUUAAAACGUACAGCAGUAGUAAUUUGAAUUUCGAAUUUGCUCACUCUAGAAGCACAGACGAAGAACUGAAUGCCAAUGUUGCAGGAGACAUCGCAUUCUUUUCUAUCACGUUUACAUUAAUGAUAACAUUUAGUGGUUUCGUUUUGUUUGGAGGUAAUUGUGUAUCGAACCGGUAUAACAUUGCAAUGGCUGGAGUGUUGUCUACUGGAAUGGCUAUUGUAGCGGCAUUAGGAUUCAUUAGUGCUGUUGGUGUACUCUUUGCCAGCAUUGUUGGAACAAUGCCUUUUUUAAUCUUAGGAAUCGGUGUAGAUGAUAUGUUUAUCUUACUGUCUGGUUUAGCAGCAACAUCACCAGAGCUAGACACUGAAACACGCAUUGGACUGACAAUGAAAUCAAGUGGUGUCGCAAUUACUAUUACAUCACUAACUGACGUCAUCGCUUUCUGUGCAGGUGCCUCGUCUGUGUUUCCAGCAGUUCGAAACUUUUCUUGGUUUACGGGUGCAGCCAUACUUUUUUGCUACCUUAACUACAUCACGUUUUAUCUUGGUUGUAUGACAAUCAACGAGGACAGAAUUAAACAGAAUAGACACUACUUUACAUGUCAAAAAAUAAAAUCAAAGGAUGCAAUGCAGAAAUCAGGCCAAUCAAAAGCAGACAUUUUCUGUUGUUCCGGAUCUCCCCAUAAGGACAGAAAUGAAGUUGAAGGUCCUAUAGAGAAAUACCCAAAGAAGUUUGUUACAAAAGUUGUGCUUUUUACUCCUGCAAAAAUUAUAAUUUUAUUAUUGUUUGCCGGAUUCGUUGCCGUAUCAAUAUAUGGUGCUGUCCAUUUUGAACAAGAUUUUAAUCGGAAGGAUCUAGUGACCACCGAUUCAUACUUUUAUACAUAUUAUGAUACCGAAACUAAAUUAUAUGACCAAAGCCUCAUAAUAUCAUUGAAUGUACAAGCCGGUAUAGACUACCUAUCCGGGACAACUCUUGAUAUGAUUAAUUCUCUUCGCGAUAACGUUAGAAACGACACUGAUAUCGAUGACACGUUUUUUCUCUCGUGGUUGCAUGCAUAUAUUGAUUCAGCUAGUUAUGAUGAUUCGUCUCUGUCAAACUUCAUUUCCGGUUUGCAGACAUUUCUAGGAACAACAGCUGGUAACUUGUAUAUCAAUGACGUCACAAUCGAUGACACGUCAAUAACAGCGUCACGUUUUCAUGUACUUACAGAAAACCUUGCAUCCUCGACACAACAAGGGAACAUGAUGACCCGAAUAAGGGAUAUAGUUGGUAGUUCGUCCUUGCCCGUGUUUGCAUAUGCGCCUGGGUUCAUUUUUUUUGAACAGUAUGUGGUUAUUUUGUCGCAGACUAUGCAAACACUUGGUAUUUGUGUUGCUGUAGUUUUUAUAGUAAUAACAAUUUUCUUACCCCUGCCCGUCAUGAUUCUUUUAAUAACAAUCACAGUUGUCCUCAUUAUGACGUCAGUGAUUGGAUUCAUGCAUUUAUGGGGACUAACUUUAAGCUCCAUUACAAUGAUCCAUAUUAUCAUGUGUAUAGGCUUUUGUGUUGACUUUGCUACUCAUGUUUGUCAUGCGUAUGUGCAAGCUAAAGGGAAAACUAGAAACGAGCGAGUAGCAAUUGCCAUUGACCAUGCUGGCGGACCAAUACUGAACGGAGCGCUUUCAACUAUAAUCGGCGUGUUAAUGUUGGCUUUUUCGAAGUCCUUUAUUUUCUUCUCUUUUUUCAAAGUAAUGUUUAUGGUAAUGGUAUUUGGGCUACUGUAUUCCGUAUUUCUUUUGCCUGUCGUGCUGUCGUUUAUUGGUCCACACUACAAUCAUGAAAUGAAAAUCGCGAAAGUAAAGGACGACAGAGCAUUACCCGAGAAAAGCGACGAGACAAUCACUUAACCUGCUGCAUUAAAUGGUGACAGAAAGGAUGAGAAACUAAAACAUGUGUAAUAACUUAAUCUAAAAACUAUUCGUGAGCCUUUAAAUGACAAAUACAAAUAUAUUCAAAUAUCAUUAAAAGAACCACUUUACAUCACUAGAAGCACAUUUCGACAUUUAAUGUCUCUUCAGUGAUGCUUCAGUGGUAUUCUUUUUUCCAUUA